CAUCUGUCAAGCCGGGGGUGGGUGUGUGUGUGAAGGGCUAAGGGAGGGAGACGCCGGACCUCCCCUCGCCGGGCGCUGGGGCUCCGCUGCCGGACGUACCGUCCUGUCAGCCCUUCGCCGUGUCUUUGAGGCUCGGUGGAGAGAGCCGGGGGGCUACGCCUUCUUGGGUGUCCGUCUUGCGGCCGGGACAGCUGUGCUCGACCGGCGGAGGCGGAUGCUCCUGUCCUGGGAAGCGCGGAUCGGCUCUUUGCAGGGUUUAUGGUCAUUUCCUUGCAUAUGAGUGAACCGCAGUGCGUGGGGUUAAAGACCUGGACGCCUUAACGGGGCUGGUCCCCCUUUUUUUUUUAAACCCGCAUGAAUAAUGUCACUAGUUUCCAUGAUCUAGCAAAAUGUUAUGGUAAACUCUAUGUGGUUGGCGUGUCCCCCUUAUCUGCCGUUCCGCUCCGGCAGCCAGCAUCCUGUAUUUCUGCACUUUAUCGUAACCUCAAUAAGGGAUGUGGCCGCUCUUUUAAACAUGCAGUUCUGCGCCCUAGUCGUGAAAAUUCACUAAUCAUAAUUAUAAAUGUUUUUUUUUCCGGCCUACUGCUGCGAUUUAGUCUAGAUGACAGACGAGCUUGUUGGAAAUUAAUUAGGUUGUUUAGUCCGGAUCCCUGUACUUCUGCUCUCCACUCACUGGCGAUUAAGGGAGAUCUGUGUGGGUCAACCCGGAGACACACCUGUUUACCGGCUUCGAUCACAGAGCUCUGCGGAGCCACACGUCUCGGUCAUUUUGGGAGAAGCCAGUUCUACAUUGCAUUAAAACUCAUAGCCGUGGCCCAGUCAGGCUUACCACUGCGGGUGGAAAGCCUAAACACUGUCAAGGACUUGCCUCUGCCGCGGUUCGCCGUGGGAAAGAACGAGCAGGAAGUGAGACACGCCGCCCUGUACCCAGACUCCGAGAACCAGGCGCCUUACUCCGGCGUGAUCCCGCGGCCUCCGGGCCGAGUGCAGCCCAAGAAGGCUGCAACUCACGAGCCCCUCCAGCCCUGCGUGCCCACGAUAGACUCGCUGCCUGACACGACCUCGCCCGUGGGCUCCCCGACGCAGUCCCCUCCCACCUCACCCCAUACCUGGAGGAAGCACCAACGCCAGGCUAGCGGAGGGCCAGUGACGGGUGACGGGAUGUGGUCGCCCCCCGUUCAGGAGAGUUGGGUCAGCUUCACAGACACGCCUCCCUCAAGUACCCUUCCCACCGUGCACCCCUCGUCAGUCCAGGAGAGCACGACAAUAAGGACCGCGGCCUCUGCCACAACCUCCAAUGAACUCCAAAGGCAGUCCAGCAGUUACGACGACCCAUGGAAAAUCACAGACGAGCAAAGGCAGUAUUACAUCAAUCAGUUCAAGACCAUCCAACCUGACCUGAAUGGCUUCAUCCCCGGCUCUGCUGCCAAAGAGUUCUUCACUAAAUCGAAGUUGCCCAUUCUCGAGCUGUCUCACAUUUGGGAGCUGUCGGAUUUCGACAAGGACGGUGCGUUAACGCUGGACGAAUUCUGUGCGGCGUUUCACCUGGUAGUGGCAAGAAAAAACGGCUACGACCUCCCGGAGAAGCUUCCGGAAAGCCUGAUGCCCAAACUCAUCGAUCUGGAUGACUCAGCGGAAGUCCCAGACCAAGUCCAGGACGUCGGGUACCCAAACUCUCCUGUGGAAGUGACUCCAAAUAAAUCUCCCUCCAUGCCUUCGCUCAACCAGAACUGGCCGGAGUUGAAUCAGAGCAACGAGCAGUGGGAGACUUUUAGCGAACGCUCUUCAAGCUCACAAACUCUGACCCAAUUUGAUUCUAACAUUGCACCAGCUGAUCCUGACACGGCGAUAGUGCAUCCCGUCCCAAUCCGCAUGACCCCCAGCAAGAUCCACAUGCAGGAGAUGGAGCUGAAGAGAACUGGAAGCGACCAUGCUCAUCCCACAAGCCCUCUGAUGGCCAAACCGCCUGAGCUGUCAGAAGAAAAUAAGCUGCCAAAUUCUAUAAAGUUUGGAGCCAGCAACCCCGUAGGUGACGGUUACAGCAGCUCUGAUUCCUUCACUUCGGAUCAAGAACCGAUUGCAAGUGUGGUCACGAGGCAGAGGUCUCAUUCGGGUACGUCUCCUGAAGGGCUUAAGGCAGUGGCCCCCCCCCCGCCACCCCCCCGGCCCCACGCCUCGCACUCGAGGUCCUCGUCUUUAGACAUGAACAGGAGCUUCACCGCCGUCCCUGCAGGACAGCAGCAAACCGGAGUUGUCCCCUAUGCCCCGGCUGUGCCCCCCAGGCCGCAGCCGACUCAGGCCGCGGGCUCACAUGCACACCGCCCGGCGGACGGCGACGGCCUGGGGCCCCACGCCAGCACCUCGCCCCAGCAGAUCCCCGAGCAGCCCAACUUUGCCGACUUCAGCCAAUUUCAGGCGUUCGCCGUGGAGCAGCCCUCGGAAGAGACGGAGAAGCACGCGGAGGGAGCUCAGAGCGCCUGCCGUCUGCCCACGCAACCGGAGAAGCCUGGUGAGCCGCCGGCUUCGUUACGCACCCCGAAGGCCGAUCCUCAGGCCGAGGACAGGGCCACAGCUACUGUGAACUCGACCAAAGGGGCCACACCCCUGGCCCCGCCCCCAAAGCCUGUGCGCCGGAGGUUAAAGUCGGAGGAUGAGCUGAGACCGGAGGCGGAGGAGCCCCCGCAGAAGCAGAACGUGGUGCCGGCCGUGCUGAGCACACAGCUGUCCAUCCCCAGAUCAGUCGGUAAGGAUAAGAAGGCCAUACAGGCCUCUAUCAGAAGAAACAAGGAGACAAACACGGUGUUGGCCAGACUCAAUAGCGAACUGCAGCAGCAGCUGAAGGAUCUGCUCGAGGAGAGGAUAUCAUUGGAGGUCCAACUUGAGCAGCUUAGACCGUUUUCACACCUGUAAUGCACACGUCCACCUUCUGGUUCAGACCUCACCUCUGCCAGGAUGCUCCAGUCCACCUUCUGGUUCAGACCUCACCUCUGCCAGGAUGCUCCAGUCCACCUUCUGGUUCAGACCUCACCUCUGCCAGGAUGCUCCAGUCCACCCCCCAUCUACACCUUGUCUAUACUUCAGCUGACUCGCCCCAGCAGACGCCAGUGGGCCAUAGACCAUGUUAACCUGGACGGUUUUGGGGCAGGAAGCCCCCCCCCCGCGCUUUCACCUGCCAAUUUAGUUACAAGCUUAAACAUCACGGUUGCAAGAAUCAAACGGGACACUGGGGCUCGUCUGCAUCCCGGCGCCCGUGCACCUGCUCCCCAUGAUGUGUGUGCGAUUGUGAGAGACUGAGUAGAGCUGUGGGUGGCAGAGCCGCGCGGGAGCCAGCCCUCGUCCUGGCGAGAGUGCAGGCCAUGGAGGACGUUGACUGGGAGACGCUUCCCCCUGCAGCGCGGUCAGGAACGCCAUGGAAUUAUCCGGCGUGCUGUAGUAACCAUGAAGGCUUUCUUUCCGAGUGCGUUUGGUCUGAUCUGGACAUACCUUACGAAUCUGUACACUCACGCAACAAGGCUUCUGCUUCUCAUUUUGUGUGUGUGUGUGUGUGUGUGUUUCUUCUGUUCUCUUAAUUUCACUUGGCCUUCAGUAGUUAAAACUAACAGGAUGAGUCGCCUGUCAACCCCCCGUAUGAUUCAUGACAGCCACAGUUUCUGCGUUUUAAACCCCUUCCCUAGCCUUCCUUCACGGACACUGCCCUUUCCUUAACACAGUUCAUCAUCUGAAAAAGUCCUGUUUCCUCAUAAGAUUCUGAAGUUUAUUGGUUGCACUUUCUUCCACCUUCAUUCCUCCUGGAACCCAUUUCGACCUGCAUGUUAUUCAUGCUCUAAAACACAUCUUUUUAAAAAAAAAAAAAAAAUAACCACCUGUUCUCUGUCUAAUCCUAAAUACUGACUUACAUUGGCACCUAAAAGUCUAGUAUGAUUUGAUUAUGUUGGCACCUGUUUUUUUCCAUGUCUUUCUUGUUUUCCUCCAUCUCCUGGACAUCUAAGCCUUAUUUCUGGCAUUCAGGUUUUCACUUUAAUAUAUAUAUAUAUUUUUUCCUGUUUUGAACCAAGGCGAGCCUUUCUCCUGCUGUUCAGGUUGAUGUACUGUAUAAGGGGUAUCUUGUAUAUUGUAUGAUACACACCUUUGAUCUCAUAUGUAAAUUUGCAUUAAUUGCUGACUAACAGCAAAUAUUCUAUUUAAUUGCUUAUAUUAUGGCUGUGAGAUCAUAGAUGUUUAACUGCAUGGAUGUGUCUCUGCAGAAUGAACUAGCCGCUGUGUGAUUUUUACGCAAGAAAUAAAAACAGCACAAUAUUUUAAUGGCCUCUCGUAUUUCCCAGAAGCCUGUUUAUCAAGCAGUAAUGAAGAACUACAGAGAGAUGCUCUUAAAAUUAUUUUCCAGCAUUUUGAUACUUGAUGGGAAUAAUAAAACUAAAGUCAACACACAA